UCUCAUAGUCAGCCACCUUUCACUUUGUCUGUUUCACAAAAGAGCAGUAACGCUUCCUGCUUCUCGCAAUAACGGCGCCUCUCUCUCUCGUUUCUCUGCUUUUGCUUUGUGGGUUUGGUCUCAAUUUUAGCUUCAAACAUUGGCAGCAACUUACUAACUUUGAUAAGACCACCGCUGAUGGUCUUAGACUCUGUAUGCUCUUCAGCAAACGGCGGACCAGAGAGGUUUUCCAACUCCAAUCAUGGAUACUACUAAUUCACCUGUUCCCAUUAAGGAUCAAAAUGAAAAACCAAGUCUUCUUAUUGAGGUUACUAAUGUAGAAAAACAGUUGUUAGCACUAAUCCACACCAAGGGUAUAAUGCACUCUGAUGUUCAAGCCUUGUACAAAAAAGUUUGUUCUAGUUAUGAGAAAAUCAUCCUUAAUGAUCGUGAAGUGGCAGAACUUCAAGAUGUUGAAUAUUCUUUAUGGAAGUUUCACUAUAGACAUAUUGAUGAAUUUCGUAAAAGAAUAAAGAAAGGCUCUGCUAAUGAAGAGGUUACGAAAUCUGUGGCAAAACAAAGUGUAGCUGCUCCACAGAGAAGCAAUGACAAUCAUGCAGAAGGGUUUAAGUUAUUUCUGUCAGAAGCAACCAGGUUUUAUCAGAAUUUGAUUGCAAAAAUCAAAAGAUAUUAUGGGCUCCCAGAAGACUUUUCUUUCUGUGGAAGGGGUGGAAAUUCUGUUUCUGUUGAACCAAAGAAAAUGCAGAAACUGCAAUUCUUGUGCCAUCGAAUUCUAGUUUGUCUUGGGGAUUUUGCUAGAUAUAGAGAGCAAUGUGAAAAAUCGGACAUACCGAACCAGAACUGGUCAGUUGCAGUCACACAUUACUUGGAAGCUACAAAGAUUUGGCCACAUAGUGGAAACCCCCAAAAUCAGUUGGCAGUAUUGGCAACAUAUGUCGGUGAUGAGUUCCUAGCUUUGUACCAUUGCAUAAGAAGUUUGGCUGUGAGGGAGCCUUUCCCCGAUGCAUGGAACAACCUUAUUUUAUUGUUUGAAAGAAACAGGUCAUCUCAUUUACAUUUCCUUUGUAUUGAGGCCCAGUUUGAUCUUUUAAAUCUCUCAGAAAGUACUUUCCUGACCAAAUCUCCAUCAGCAAAUGAUGCAUCAAAUUGCAAGAUGGGACAAGCUGGGGAUGAAGGCUCAAGGGGAAUACAUUUAUGGCCUCUUUUCAUUAGAACAAUAAGUUUUUUCUUCUUAAAAUCCAGCUUGGAGGAGUUCCCUUUUACAUUUGCGUCUUCUAUAAGAGAGCUGGAUGCUUUGUUGGCACUAGAUGAUGUACAAUUAAAAGCUGCAAUGGAGUCCUAUCAGCUUAUGGAUUCAGCUAGAAGUGGUCCCUUUCGAAUGCUUCAAGUUGUCUCUAUACUUAUCUUUGUCAUUGAGAAUCUAAUAAAGAGCCCAGAAGCGAGAGAUUCAAAAGACAAGAAUGAUAUACAACAGUUUGAGUUGACACGAGAGGCUUUGACUGUUAUUUUCAUCUUUGUGGGACGCGUUGCCAAUAGAUGUUUGAAGGCAAAAGUCUUGGACUCUUGUCCCCUUUUACCAGCUUUACUUGUGUUUUCAGAGUGGUUGGUGAGCAUCCUUGACGAAGCAGAAAUAUAUGGAUCUGAUGAAAAAAGUACAAGUUCUAUGUCUUAUUUUUUCAGUGUUUAUCUUGAACUUCUGAAGCGGUUUGAUAAUAACAAGGGUGAAGUCAAGUCUCCAGGAAAUAUUGCUCUUUGGGAGGACUAUGAGUUGAGGGGCUUUGCACCAUUAGCUUGUUCUCAUGUGGCAUUAGAUUUUUCAAGCCAUUGGGGACAUGCAGACAGUUACAAAUGUAGAACUGAAUGCCGAGCUCAGCGUAUUAUAAAUGCUGCAAUCAAGCUUGCAGACAGAUCAAAUAGAAAAAGGAAUUGGAUCUGCUAUGAUGGAUCUGGAAGAAAAUUUUAUGUACCAGAGUUGAAUAAAUUUCCGAACAGAAAAGAAACUGAAAAGGUGGAGUCCCCUGGUAAUGUGGAAGAAAAAGAGUCUGAUCAGCAUACUCACAAAGUGACCGAGAAAUCUGAGGAGAUUGAGGAGAAUCCAGGUAACUCUCUUGUGAUUAGCAAAUCUGUUGCCAUGGAGGAGGAAGAAGUCAUUCUCUUCAAGCCUCUCACAAGAUACAAUUCUGCUCCACUUUGUAGUGCUAUUUCAGCAAAUGAUCAAACAACUUCAGAAGAUACAGUGGACUCAGUACCUGCUGAUGAAUGCUUGCGGCGUGCAACUUCACUGCUAAUAGCACAAACUCGGGCCCAUGGUGAUCCUUCGGCAUUCCAUUCUGAUCUCACUAAUUUCACGCGCAAGCCAGUGCAGCAGGAACCUCUUGCAAAUGAUGCCAUAGCACUCCCAUUUUCAGAAGCCUUUAUCUCUUCUUCUGGGCCUCCCAGUUUCAGCACCUCCAUUGCUGCUGGACCACCCUCACUUAAUGCUUGGGUCCUCAAUAGAGGAAGUUUGAACAAUGAUAGAGUUGAAGGGAAGCGAGAGAUGAAUAAAAUGCCGACUAUUGCGGAAAUAGUAUCUGCAUCCCUCAAUGAUCUCUCCAUCAGUGAUACUGAGAAUUCUGUCAUUAGUUCAGGGCAUGAAGCUGUGACCAUGUGUAGCUUUUCUCCUUCUUAUUCAGCUCCAUUGCCUUCUGCUCCAUUUUUGCCUGAUGAUGCUAUUUGGUUUAAUGGAAUUCAAUCUACCUUCUCUGACUACAAUGGUUCAGGAAACAUCAUCAACAGAACAAACAAUUUCGUUGAUGCAUUACAGGUGAGCCACUAUCCAAAUUGGCCGGGUUCUCAUCAUGGUCUUGGUAUCCCUGGUCUAAUGGAAUAUGGAUAUCCACCUAUUCGUAGAAUGACUUCUUCUGAAUGGCUUCGUCAGUAUAGGGAAAAUCACAACCUUGAGCGAACUACGAAUCACGGAUGGCCAGUGCAUUUGAAUACUGCUGUGAACACUGGAAACUUUUAUGGUCAUGAUAUGUCCAGGUCUGGUCUUUUUAAUCAAUGGGGAGCUCCUUUAGCUGCUGCAAAUCCAUUGAGUUAUGAGGAGAGGCUACAUCCUGGUUAUCAAAGACCAAGCCCUUAUGGGUGUGGUGUGGUGACUGAGCCUGAGCCUCUUCUGCAGUAUCUGAAGGAGAAAGAAUGGUUGAUUCAGCAAGAUCCUACCUUGAGAGGCCCUACCUAUAUGGGAAGUUGAAAUUUUCACUUAACCAUAGUUAAUAUGAGAUCUUUACAUAGCUGCAUAGACAUCAUCCGAAACAAAAAAUUUCCAUUUACAUAGGUUUCAUGUCUGUUGUAGGGUAUGUGUACACAUUGUAUAAUAGAGUAUUACCAGCAAAGAAGAGCUUAAAAAAGUACAUAGAAAAAAAAAAGUUUUCUGUUUUA